UCCUCCCGCCCUCCUCCCUUUUCCCCGCUCCAGCGCGGCCACCAGCUCGGGCCUCGGCUCCCCCUCCCAAACCCCCCCUCCCUGGAGCGGAGCCCACCCGAGGGUCCCUGUCUCGCCCCCCGAGCCCAGCCGCCCGGCCAGAAUAGCAGCUUUCGGGGGCAGAACCCCGCCAGCCUGCCUCCCUCCCGUUCAGCCCUGCCAGAGGCCCCCAGCCAUGAAUCUCUUCCGAUUCCUGGGAGACCUCUCCCACCUCCUAGCCAUCAUCUUGCUACUGCUCAAAAUCUGGAAGUCUCGUUCGUGUGCCGGGAUUUCAGGGAAGAGCCAGGUGCUGUUUGCUGUGGUGUUCACUGCCCGAUAUCUGGACCUCUUCACCAACUACAUCUCACUGUACAACACUUGUAUGAAGGUGGUCUACAUAGCCUGCUCCUUUACUACAGUCUGGAUGAUUUACAGCAAGUUCAAAGCCACUUACGAUGGGAAUCAUGACACAUUCAGAGUAGAGUUCCUCGUCAUUCCCACGGCUGUCCUGGCGUUCUUGGUCAACCAUGACUUCACCCCUCUAGAGAUCCUCUGGACCUUCUCCAUCUACCUAGAGUCGGUGGCCAUCUUGCCACAGCUAUUCAUGGUGAGCAAGACUGGGGAGGCAGAGACCAUCACCAGCCACUACUUGUUUGCGCUGGGCGUCUACCGUACACUCUAUCUCUUCAACUGGAUCUGGCGCUACCACUUCGAGGGCUUCUUCGACCUCAUCGCCAUCGUGGCGGGCCUGGUCCAGACAGUCCUCUACUGCGAUUUCUUCUACCUCUACAUCACCAAAGUCCUGAAGGGGAAGAAGUUGAGUUUGCCAGCAUAGCCCCGGUCCUCGCCGUCCCUCUCCUCGGCAGUGGCGGGAGGCAGAGGAAGGCGACUGAUGACGAAGACCUUACCCAUCCAUGGGUGAAUUUUUAAAGAACCAACCUCUUCCUGCUCCCCAUCCCGCCUCCUGUUGGGUUUCAGGAAGGCAGUGGAGGACUCAAGCCUUGGGGAGCUCAGGACCUGGGCUGUUUGUAGUCUUUUGCCUUUUAGAGAAGAAAAAAAAAUCUUUCCACUAUUUAGUUUUUGACUCUGAUGACUCUUUUCUCUUCUACUUUCUGGCCCCAAUUUUUAUAAACUAUUUUUGAGUGUCCUGUGGGCUGGGGCAGGGUGAGAGAUCUUUUCCCUUCCCCAAGCCCCUCGGCUCCCUUCCGGACCCCACCUCCAGCCCUAUUGGUUGCCAAACACUAAAUCUGCUGACACCCACCUGCCCCACCUCCAUGGCCGUGAGCACAGUCCCCCAGCCCCCCACCAAAUUUCUAGGUUGGGGAUAGGGAGGAAGGGAGGCCCAGGAAGGUCUCUCUUGAUUUUUUCAUAACAAUUUUUUCCCCAGAGUUUGGGUUUUUGGGUCUUGUUCUAGUUUUUUGGCAAAUUAGGGGGGCUUGGGCAUGGGAAGGGGGGGCUGGCCGGAGAGUCACUGCAGCUCUAAUGCCAUGUUUUUGUACAGAAUUGAUGGUUGAUUCUUUGUUCUCUUGAAAUAAACAGAGAAAAAUGCUA